AUGCCGGAGCUACCAGAGGUAGAGGCGGCGAGGAAGGCGGUGGAAGACAACUGUAUCGGGAAGAAGAUAACCAAGUGUAUCGUCGCCGAUGAUUCAAAAGUCAUCGAUGGUGUUUCUCACACCGAUUUUGAAGCUUCCGUAAUCGGCAAAACCAUUGUUGCAGCUCGCCGGAAGGGCAAGAACAUGUGGCUUCAGCUCGAUUCUCCACCGUUUCCUUCCUUCCAAUUCGGUAUGGCUGGUGCAAUAUACAUCAAGGGAGUUGCAGUGACAAAGUACAAAAGGUCUGCUGUAAAUGAUGAGGAUGAAUGGCCUUCCAAAUAUUCAAAGUUUUUUAUUCAGCUAGAUGAUGGUUUAGAGAUAUCUUUCACUGACAAAAGGAGAUUUGCGAAAGUUCGCCUGCUCAAAGAUCCGACAUCAGUGCCUCCCAUAUCUGAGCUUGGUCCUGAUGCACUCUUUGAACCCAUGACACUUGACGAAUUCACUGGGCGUUUGCACAAGAAGAAAACAGAAAUCAAGGCUUUAUUACUAGAUCAAAGCUAUAUUUCAGGUAUUGGAAAUUGGGUUGCAGAUGAAGUGCUCUACCAAGCAAGGAUUCAUCCACAGCAGACAGCUUCUAGCUUGUCAGGAGAAAACUGCUCAACUUUGUAUGAGUGCAUUACAGAGGUUAUUCAAUUUGCUGUUGGAGUUGAUGCUGACUGUAGCCGUUUUCCCCUUGAAUGGUUAUUUCAUUUUCGAUGGGGGAAAAAGCCUGGAAAAAUAAGUGUUGAAGUUGGAGCAGAUAGUAGUCAAUAUCCCACUAAUUGGAUAUUUCAUUUUCGUGAAAAGAAGCCCGGCAAAGCUUUUGUUGACGGGAAAGAAAUUGACUUCAUCACCGCAGGUGGCAGGACAACUGCGUACGUGCCAGAGCUGCAAAAGCUAAGUGGACCACAAAAGUUAAAAGAAACUGGUAAAGCUAGAGGGAAAACCUCAAAGAAAGCAAAAGGAGAUGAUGAUAACAACGAUGACAUUGUGAAUCCUACAAAGAAGGAAGACCAGAAUUUGGGAAAGAAGGGGGCAAAGGCUGGAGCUAAAGGCAGAAAACCUUCUAAAAGAAAAAAGACUGAGGAAAGUGACGAUGACAAUGAUGGUGAUGCUGAUACUGAUAAUGACGAUGACAGUGAUCAAGUUGAAAAGAAGAAACCAGCUCCGGCUAACAAGCAAUCAAAGAAAAGUGUUCAAAGCAAUCAAAAUAGUAAGAGUACUAGGAGUAAAGCUAAGUAA